AUGAUUGAAGUAGACGAGACAAAGAAGGGACUUUUAGCGAUACGUAAAACAGAUAAGAAAAAACCGAUAAGAGAAGUGAAGGAAGAAGAAGAAAUCGAGUACGAAAUUGAAUACGAAGAAGGAAAGAAAAAGAAAAUUAAAAAAGUUAUCAAAGCGAAAAAACCGGAUUUGGAUGAGGAAUUAAUUGAAGAGGAUACAUUUGAAGAAUUCAAACCGGAAAAACAAAUACUUUUGAAAAGUUUACCCGUUAUAAGUGCUCAUUUCACGUCCGAAGCCGUUUCCGUUGAGCAACCGACGGAAAUUGAAACUCACGUCGAUAAAGAGCAAAAAAUAAAAGUUACGCUGUUGCCGCACUCUGCAAUUUUGAACGAAGAAGUUAGAUUUGAAGAAGAUGAACAAGAUUUCACGGGUAAAUUUAAACCGGAAACGUUUAACGUCAUGAGCAAAAUGGACACGAUGGAAUCGAUCGAAGUAACAGAACAACAAAUUCAAAUGAGAUCGGAACAAUUCGAUUCGAAAUUUGUUCCUCAAACAUUCGAAGCGACUAAAACGAUGACUCCCAGCGAAGGAGUUUUGGUGAGUGAAGUUAUGACAAACGACGAAGUCAUCGAAACAACACGAGCCGAGGUAAAGAAGAAUCAAGCGAAAGUUACCUUGCUCCCGAAGGAAGCUACGGUUAUAACAGAAACUGAAACUUCAUUGAAAGAAGAAACUUUCGCGCCGAGCGAUGCUCCGAAAACAAGUCAAGCGGAAAAGAAAAUGAUCACUCAAGAAGGAGUCACGAUAACGGAAGUUCAAGAAGUGGAAAGCGAGAAAAAUUUCGAAGGAAAAUUCAAACCGACGCCGGUAAAAUCCAAUUUGGAAUUUUUACCCAAAGAAUCAAUAACCGUGAGUGAAACGAUACCUGAAACGAAAACGGAAAAAUACCUUCCGGAACAAUUCGUAGCGACCGAGGUUGCAACCAAAGGCGUAAGAGCUCACUUCCAAAUAACAACGCAAGAAAUGAAUCUACCGGAAACGGAAGGCGAAUACGUUCCGGGUCGACUCCCACCAUCUCAAACGGCAGAUUUAGAAUUUAUAACAAAAGGUCCUUUGAUCGUUACGACAACCGUUCUCGAAGAAAAGGAAAAACCAUUUGCUACGGAUAAAUCACCAGAAACUUAUUCGGCCACUCCAGAACUGACUCCUUUGGAAGGAGUUAAAGUGACAUCCGUGAAACCAGCCGAUAAAGAAUCAACCUUGAUCAUUGAAAGUCCCGAAGAGAAAACGGCUGACGUUGAAUACCUGGAGAAAAAAUCACUGGUCACUCAAAUAACGACAAGUACGGAAAAAGAAGGUAUUUUCGUACCUGGUCAAAAACUCGAAGGAAAAAAAGCCGACUCUACGAUAACUUGUUUAGAAACGUCGAAUAUUUUGGAGACCGUGGUUCAAGAAAAGGAAUCGGAUUUCGUCAAGCCUAAAACGGUGACGCCCGUCAUUGCUGAAAAAACAAUUCGACCCGGAACUGAAUUACAAGUUUCCGAAAUUGUUACCGGUGAUGCCAUUUCCGAUUUUACUGACGUUCUCAAAUAUCGAACCGAAACCGCCGUUAAAAAUUUCGAAACGAAAGAAACGGCACAACAGACAAUAACAACUGUACAAGAAAAAGAAAAAGAAAUGAUGACAUCUUUAAAAAUGGAUUUCGAAACCGUCGAAGAAUCGUUCAACGUUCAACAAAGCGUCAUCGUUCAAGAAUUAAACGUCGGAGAAUCGGAAGGAAUCGUUAGCGUCGCAGAAUUUCCCGAUAAGCAUAACAUAAAAUUCACUCCGACUCAUCCCCUUCAAUCGUUGGCCAUCGAAGAAACUUUAGUCCACGGCGAAACGAAAACAUUAACGAAGGAACAACCUAAAGGCAUAAAAGCGAAUUUGGAACAGGACGCACUUCAGGAAACGCAAAUACAAGAAAUCGUAACCGGCGAAGAAUUAGGUCGAUACGAUAAAGAUUUCAAACCAGAUAGAAAAGUUGCGGAAAUUUUACUUUCGGAAGAGAAACAAGUGACCGUGACGGAAGUUAUCGCUCCUGAAAAAGAAGGAAUUUACGAGAAAUUGGAAGGUCCUGAAAAACAUAAAAUCAAACCUACUCCGACUCAUCCUCAUCAACCGUUGGCCGUGGAAGAAACUUUGAUUCAAGGCGAAACUAAAGUUUUAUCUAAAGAAAAACCUCAAACGUUAUCGGCAAAUGUAGAACAAGAUGUCCUUCAGGAAACGCUCAUACAAGAAGUCAUCGUAGGAGAAGGAUUAGGACAAUACAGCAAAGACUUCAAGCCGGAUACUAAAAAAGCCAACGUUGAACUAUCCGAAGACAAAUCAUUAAUCGUAACCGAAAUGAUACUGUCGGAGAAAGAGGGAGUUUGCGACAAAGCUUUUGAAAUCGAUAAGAAACACGCGAAUUUCGAUAUCUCGCCUCAAACCGUCGCCAUAUCUUCAUCCAUACACGUGGAAUCUUCGGUAGGAGAAUUUCAUAAAGAAAAACUUAACACGGAAACGGCUCACACCCAACAAUCGUCGGUGGAGGGAUUGAUGAUUACUCUAAUGCAACCCGUUGAAACCGAAGGAAACUACGUAACGGAAAUAAAACCGGAUAUGAAGAAAGUCAGCGUUGAAAUCACCGAAGGGAAAAAAGGUAUUUCCGUCACUCAAAUCAUUUCUCAAGACAAAGAAUCUCCUUACGAAGGUUUUAAACCGCAAGAAUAUCAAGCCGGCAUGGAUAUUUCACCGCAAGUGGCAUCUGUUAUAAGUGAAACUAAAUCGGAAGUAUCAUUAGGAAAUAUCGAUUAUCAAACGCCGAGUACCGCCCAUGCAAAACCCGAUCACGAGCUUUUCACAGAAUUAACGGUAACGGAAUCCAUGGUGGCCGAAACUGAACAGAAAUUGAUUAAAGGAGAAACUAAAGAUUUCAAAAAAGCUCAAUUGACGUUACUCGAAGAGCAAGGAGUGUUUGUAACCGAAGUCGUGCCAGAACAAAAAGAACAUGCUUUGAUUAAAGAAGAAAAACCAACUGAGAAAACGGCUCAAUUGGAAAUACUAGAACAAUCCGUUGCUUUGAAAGAAGAAAUUGUAACGACAGACAAUGUAGACAGUUUUAAGAGAACGUCUCCGACAAAAGAAAAAGCCUUACCAAAACAAGAAGGUUUGGAAUGUGCUAUAUCGCAAAUCGAAGCUCCGGCUGAAUCGGAAGGUGUUUACGUCGGCGAUUUGAAACCUGAUAAAAAACGAGCGGAGACGGAAUACGAAGAAGCCAAGCAGAGUUUAUUCGUCACCGAAGUCACUUUACAAGAUAAAGAAAAACAACUUGUCACGGAAGAGAAACCCGAUUACCAGAAAGUUAUCUUGGAUGUGAUAAGUAGAGAAGUGGCCGAAACCGGUGAAAUCAAAGUUGAGACAUCGUUGGCCGAAAUGGACGAAGAAAAACCAACAUUACAAAAAGCUAAGCCUCAACAAACGUUACAAGAAUCGCUUAUACUGUCAGAAACUGCACCGGGAGAAAAAGAAGGCGAAUUGUUGCCGCUCACCAAACCGGAAGAAAAAAGUGCAAAUUGGGAAAUCGACGAAAAAACCGGUUUAUCCGUGUCAGAAGUUAUUGUUCAAGAUAAAGAAAAAGAUGAAUUCGUGGGUAAAGAAAAGCAGAAACUUCUCGCCGCCGACACGAGUUUUGUCGAAGGUGUCAGCAUAACAGUAUCGGAAGUUAUCGUUCAACAAAAAGAAGACGUUUUCCAAGAGAGAGAAAAAAUGUUCGAAACGAAAACGGCAAGCAAAGAAAUAAUCAGUCAAACUUCUCUCAACAGAGGCGAAGUCCUAACACUCGAAUCAAUCGAAAACCUAAAACAAAUAAAACCCGUCGAAAGCAAAGCAUUAUUGGAACAAGAUGUAAUACAAGAACUGGUCGUGUCGCAAAACAUAGUUCAAGAAAGCGAAGAAUUUUUCGAAGAAAAAUUCGCUCCGAAAACAUCGACGGCCGAAAUCCAAGUCGAAGAAAGUAAAGGUUUGGUUAUAACGGAAAUAACACCUGAACAAAUCGGAAACGAGGAGUACGAGAAAUCGUUGCCGGAGAAAAAGAAAGGAAGAGUUACGUUUGAUGAAAAUAUUAAUCUCACGGUGUCAGAAAUUGAAGUGCAAGAAUCGGAGGGUGAGUAUACAUCUGCCACAAAACCACUGACACACCAAAGUAAAAUAAAUUUUGAACAAUUAAGCGCAGUUCAAAACACUGAAAUAACAACAAACGAUGUUCUCGAUCGAUUUUCACAAGACAAGAUUGAUGAACAACACGCAGUUAAAACAUUACUAUCAACAACAACAUUUGCACCACUAAUAUCAGAAACCACACUGGCAGAAACAGAGGGCACAAUUGAAAAACAAAUACUCCCCUCGACAAAAUCUGCUAAAUCAGACGUAACAGAUGUAAAUACGAUAGCAACAAUACAAGAAAUAACCACAAAUAUAUGCGAAAAACCAUUUGAUACAGUUAAAUAUGAUACUAAAAAAGCCGUAAUAGAAUACGUUGAAACAAACAAAGCUCCUGUCACACAAGAAACAACAACUUCCGAAACACUCGGACAAUUUAAAGAAAACAAACUCACAACACACGCAGCCAAUACCGAGUACGAUGUUCUAUCCGAGUUGACGGUGUCUUCAACUCAGAUACUCGAGCAAGUAACGGAUACGACAAAAUUAGAAAAAAUCUCAGACCACAAAAUUAUACCCAAAGAUAAUAUUGCCCCUCGUAAAGCUCCGAUGCAAGAAGAAAUUUUCUUCGACGAAGAUGUUUCCACAUUAAAACAACCGGAAAAAGGUAAAUCGACAAACGUGAGUAACGUUACCGUCGAAGGAAGAGAAGUCCCGGUGAUUGAAGAAGCACAAAUUGAACAAAGCACGAUCGAUUUGGAAAUAUCCGAACAAUUGAAACAAUCGCAGGCUAACAUAGACGUGAUUACGAGAGAAGCAGCAUUAACAUUAGUUUCGGAAAGUGAACAAACGGUUGCAAAAUUAGAAUUAGAAAAAUUAGCAGAACUCUCGAAAGCGACAACUCAAUUCGUGUCUAACAUAGUCGCUCUCAACACGGAACAAGUGACGCAGGAAACGUCGAAAGAAUUCGCUGUGACUAGCAAAGAACAACAUAGCGCAUACCCGGAAAUCAUACCUUUGGAAGCUAAAUCCGUUCUCAAUGUGAUAUCAAACGAGAAAGAAGACGUUUUCGACGAGAAGAAAAAACCGGAAAAAAGACAGGCAAACGUUGAAGUCGUACCGUUGAAAUCCAAAACCGUAGAGGAACAUUUGACUAAUCAAGACGUUGAAGAAUUGAGCACUAAAAAACCAAAAGAUACAAAAGCGGAAGUUAAAAUCUCCGGUGAAUUUACCGCGAUCACGAAAGAAACGGUCGAAGUCGACGAAAAAGAAAAUUUUUUCGAUAAGAAGAAAACACCGGAAAAAAGAAAAGCAAACGUGGAAGUGAUACCGUUGAAAUCCAAAACCAUACAGGAACAUUUGACCAAUCAAGAUGUCGAAGAAUUCACGACCGAUAAACCGAAAGACAAAAAAGCAGAUGUUUCUUUAUACGGUGAACUCGCCGCCAUCACCAAAGAAACGGUCGAAGUUGAUGAAAAAGAAGACGUUUUCGAUAGAAAGAAAAAACCGGAAAUGCGACAAGCCAACGUCGACGUUGUCCUUCUCAAAUCGAAAACCGUGCAAGAGCAUUUGACAAAUCAAGAUGUUGAAGAAUUUAAAACGGUCAAAUUUGAAAACACUCAAGCGGAAGUCACUCUUUCCGGUGAAUAUUCAGCACUCAUUAAAGAAACAAUACAAGCUGACGAAAAAGAGGAUGUUUUCGACAAAAAGAAAGGACCGGAAAAAAGAAAAGCGAACGUUGAAAUCGUCGCUCUUAAAUCUAAAACCGUUCAAGAACAUUUAACCUCUCAGGAAUUAGAAGAAUUCAAAACGGAAAAACCGGACGAUAAAAAAGCGGAAAUGACACUGUCCGGAGAAUUAUCUGCAGUUACCAAAGAAACGGUUCAAGUAGACGAAAAAGAAGAUGCUUUUGAUAAGCGAAAAAUACCCGAAGGAAAAAAAGCGAGCGUAGAAGUCGUGGCAUUAAAAUCGAAAACCGUUCAAGAAAAUAUAUCUUCUCAAAACGUUGAAGAAUUUACUACGGAAAGAUUUGAAAACAAAACGGUUGACGUCACGCUGUCGGGUGAAUUGACGGCGGUCACCGAAGAAAUGGUACAAGCCAGCGAAAAAGAGGAUGUCUUUGAUGGAAAGAAAACUCCCGAAAAACGCACAGCUUCCGUUGAUGUCGUAUCUCUGAAAUCUAAAACCGUCGAGGAACAUUUAACUAACGAAGAUGUAAAAGAAUUUAAAACUAAAAAGUUUGAAGACUCGAAAGCUCAAAUGACCAUUUCCGGAGAAUUAACGGCGGUGUCCAAAGAAGCCAUUCAACCGGAAGAAAAAGAAGAUAUUUUCGAUAAGAAGAAAGUUCCAGAAUCGAAAAAAGCAAAUAUUGAAGUUGUACCGUUAAAAUCUACAACCGUAGAAGAACAUUUAACAACGCAAGACAUUGGAGAAUUAAAAACUAAAAAGCCGGAAGACACAACAGCGGAAGUCACCAUUUCUGAAUUGACGGCUAUAACAAAACAAACGGUUACGGUUGAAGAAAAAGAAGAUGUUUUCGACGAAAAGAAAAGGCCGGAACAACGAAAAGCUAAUGUAGAUUUCGUACCUCUGAAAUCUAAGACCGUACAGGAACAUUUGACCUCUCAAGAUGUUGAAGAAUUGAAAACUAAAAAACCAGAGGAUACAACAGCGGAAGUUACUCUCUACGGUGAAUAUACCGCCGUAACAAAAGAAACUGUACAAGUCGACGAGAAAGAAAACGUUUUCGAUCAAAAGAAAACACCCGAACAGCGUAAAGCCAACGUCGAAGUCGUACCAUUGAAAUCUAAAACAAUACAAGAACAUUUAUCUUCUCAGAAUGUAGGAGAAUUAAAAACUGAAAAACCCGAGGAUACGACAGCGGAAGUAACAUUGUACGGUGAGCUCACCGCAGUGACCAAAGAAACGGUAACGGUCGAAGAAAAGGAAGAUAUUUUCGAUAAGAAGAAAACACCCGAUCAACGUAGAGCCAAUGUUGACGUUGUACCAUUAAAAUCUAAAUCCGUUCAGGAACAUUUGACUAAUGAAGAUGUCGCAGAAUUGAAAACUAAAAAACCCGAAGACACAACAGCGGAAAUUACGAUUUCCGAAUUGACGGCUUUAACGAAACAAACAGUACAACCGGAUGAAAAAGAAGACGUCUUUGAUAAAAAGAAAGUUCCCGAAGAGAAGAAGGCAAACGUUGAAGUUGUACCUCUCAAGUCUAAAACCGUACAAGAACAUUUGACCUCUCAAGAUGUUGAAGAAUUUAAAACGACAAAAGCUGUCGAUUCCAAAGCUGAUGUUACUCUCACAAGCGAGUUGAUUACCGUUAUUAAGGAAACGAUUCAAACGGAUGAAAAAGAAGAUAUUUUCGAUAAGAAAAAAGGACCCGAAACCCGAAAGGCGAACGUCGAUUUCGUAUCACUAAAAUCGAAAACGAUUCAAGAACAUUUAACUAGUGAAAAUUUUGAGGAAUUGAAAACUAAAAAACCUGAAGACACGACAGCGGAAGUCACGAUAACCGAAAUGACAGCCGUUACAAAACAAACGGUACAACCCGAUGAAAAGGAAGACGUUUUCGACGAGAAGAAAACUCCCGAACAGCGUAAAGCUAAUGUUGAUGUUGUGCCUUUGAAAUCAAAAACCGUUCAGGAACAUUUAACGUCGCAGGACGUGCAGGAAUUCAAAACAACAAAACCGGAUGAUACAACAGCGGAAGUCACACUUUACGGUGAAUUUACAGCUGUCACAAAGGAGACAAUACAAGUCGAAGAAAAAGAAAAUAUUUUCAGCGAAAAGAAAGCUCCGGAAACGAAAAAGGCAAACGUGGAAAUUGUACCUUUGAAAUCUAAAACCGUUCAAGAACAUUUAUCAUCUCAGAAUUUAGGAGAGUUGAAAACAGAGAAGCCGGAAGAUACUACUGCGGAAGUUACAAUUUCGGAAUUUACGGCCUUAACAAAACAAACGAUACAACCGGAUGAAAAAGAAGAUGUCUUUGAUAAAAAGAAAGUUCCCGAACAGAAAAAAGCAAACGUUGAAGUUGUACCUCUCAAGUCUAAAACCGUUCAAGAACAUUUGACUUCUCAAGAUGUCGAAGAAUUGAAAACUAAAAAACCGGAAGAUACGACAGCGGAAAUAACGAUUUCCGAAUUGACAGCCGUUACAAAACAAACGGUGCAACCGGAUGAAAAGGAGGACGUUUUCGACAAGAAGAAAACUCCCGAACAACGUAAAGCUAAUGUUGAUGUUGUGCCUUUGAAAUCAAAAACCGUUCAGGAACAUUUAACAACUCAAGACGUUGAAGAAUUGAAAACUAAAAAGCCGGAGGACACAACAGCGGAAGUUACAUUAUACGGCGAGUUUACCGCUAUAACUAAGGAAACAAUUCAACCGGACGAGAAAGAAGAUGUCUUUGAUAAGAAAAAAGCUCCCGAAAAGCUCACAGCUUCUGUUGACGUCGUGUCUCUAAAAUCUAAAACCGUUGAAGAACGUUUAACACACGAGGAUGUGAAAGAAUUUAAAACUGUAAAGCAAGAAGAUACAAAAGCUGAAAUGACUAUUUCCGGAGAAUUAACUGCAGUGUCUAAAGAAGCGAUACAGCCGGAUGAAAAAGAGGACGUCUUUGAUAAAAAGAAAGUACCAGAAUCGAAAAAAGCAAAUGUUGACGUUGUGCCAUUAAAAUCUAAAUCCGUUCAAGAACAUUUAACUAAUGAAGAUGUCGGAGAAUUAAAAACUGAAAAACCGGAAGACACAACAGCGGAAGUCACCAUUUCUGAAUUGACGGCUAUAACAAAACAAACGGUUACGGUUGAAGAAAAAGAAGAUGUUUUCGACAAAAAGAAAAGGCCGGAACAACGAAAAGCUAAUGUAGAUUUCGUACCUCUGAAAUCUAAGACCGUACAGGAACAUUUGACCUCUCAAGAUGUUGAAGAAUUGAAAACUAAAAAACCGGAAGAUACGACAGCGGAAGUCACCAUUUCGGAAUUGACAGCUGUCACGAAACAAACGGUUACGGUUGAAGAAAAAGAGGAAAUUCUCGAUAAGACUAAAGCACCGGAAAAACGGAAAGCAAGUGUGGACAUUAUACCAUUGAAAUCGAAGACGAUUCAAGAGCAUUUAACCUCUGAAAACUUUGAAGAAUUGAAAACUAAAAAACCGGAAGACACGACAGCGGAAGUCACGAUAACCGAAUUAACAGCUGUAACAAAACAAACGGUACAACCCGAUGAAAAGGAAAAUGUAUUUGAUAAGAAAAAAGCACCUGAAAAGCAAAAGGCUAACGUGGACGUGGUACCUCUCAAAUCUAAAUCUAUACAAGAACAUUUAACUACCGAAGACGUGGAAGAACUGAAAAGUAAAAAACCGGAAAAUGUCACGGCGGAAAUAACAUUAUCCGAACUUACAGCUGUCACUAAGGAAACGGUUCAACCCGAUGAAAAGGAAAAUAUUUUCGACAAAAAGAAAGUUCCAGAAAAGAAAAAGGCAAAUGUUGAAGUCGUACCUCUUAAGUCUAAAACCGUUCAAGAACAUUUAACGACUCAAGACGUGGAAGAAUUUGAGACGGAAAAACCGGAGGAUAAAAAAGCGGAAAUGACUUUCACUCGCGAAUUAACCGCAAUCACGAAAGAAACUUUACAAGUGGAUGAAAAGGAAAAACCUUUGGAUAAGAAAAAAUUACCGGAAAUGCGUAAAGCUAGCGUUGACAUUGUACCUUUACAAUCGAAAACCGUUCAGGAACAUUUAACGUCUCAAGACGUGGAAGACUUAAAACCCGAAAAACCGGAAGACACAAAAGCAGACGUUUCAAUAUCCGAAUUAACAGCCGUAACAAAACAAACAGUCCAACCCGAUGAAAAGGAAGACGUUUUCGACAAGAAGAAAACGCCCGAGAAACGAAAAGCGAGCGUUGACGUAAUCACUCACAAAUCAAAAACCGUCGAAGAACAAUUAACAACACAAGAUUUACAAGAAUUGAAAACUAAAAAGCCGGAUGACACAACAGCGGAAGUCACAAUUUCCGAACUCACAGCCGUUACAAGACACACGAUACAACCCGAUGAAAAAGAGGACGUUUUCGACGAGAAGAAAACGCCCGAAAAACGCAAAGCGAGCAUCGACGUCAUAACACUUAAAUCAAAAACCGUCGAAGAACGGUUAACAACACAAGAUGUACAAGAAUUAAAAACUAAAAAACCCGAAGACACGACAGCGGAAGUCACAAUUUCCGAAUUCACGGCUCUAACAAAACAAACGAUACAACCCGACGAAAGGGAAGACGUUCUCGACGAAAAGAAAACACCCGAGAAACGCAGAGCCAGCAUCGACGUCAUAACACUCAAAUCCAAAACAAUACAAGAGCACGUCAUCACGGAGGGAGUUAAAGAAUUCAAAAGUGACGUCAUAACGGAUGACGACACGAAAGCGGAUGUCAUGACAGUUUUUACAGAUUUAAAAGUUCCAAGCACAGACACAAUUGAAUCAUAUCAAACAACUAAAAAAAUAACUCAAAAGAAACCGGCAGAGCAUAAGGGUCUACCCGAAUCGAUACCCUUCGAAGAUGUUUUCGUUAACGAAACCGAAGGAGUCACGGAUUUCCUACAAGGUCAGUUAUCCAUACAUGAUUUUUUUCGCGAUCCCCAAACUCACAUGUUUAUCCUAUUCGUCGAUAAACACGUCAAAACACACUUUAUCACACAACCAAAAAUACACAAAAGUCAAUUCCGAGAUGAUGAUGACGUUGUUGUUGAUAUAACGGAAGAAAGAGAUGGAAAAACAGGUAAGGUUAUUCUGGUGAAAAAGACAACGAGUAGACGGAGUAGUACUUCAUCGACGGAAGAUGAAAAACAAAUUUCGAUCGUUAAAACGCGAGAUAAAACGCCUAAAAUGAUAACGGAAGAAAUAACCGUCGAAAAAAUCGAUAAAGAAACCGGGCAAGUAUUGGAAACGAGUAAGAGAGUCGUUACGAAAAUGCACGCGACGCACGUGACGGAAAUUGUCGAAGACGAUCGAUAUCCGGUCGACGAAGUCGUCAUAGAAGAAAUAAAAGAAGACAAACCUGAGGGUAAAGAAGUUGUCGUUAAAGACGUCGUUGAGAAAAAACGCUCGGCUAAAAAAUCCCUGGAAGUAAUCAAAGAGGAUGAUCGAAAACCCGACGACGAAAGAAAUUUGGUGAUAAUUAAAAGAAGAAGGAAAAUUAUCGAAUCGUCCGACACGGGAAAAAGAAUAAAAGAAUCCGAGGAGGAAUUCCCGAAGGAAAAUAUUCCAAACGAUCUCACUCUUACGGAAUACCUCGAAAAAGAAACGAAAAGCGAAACGACUUUCCUCGAUGACAACGUAAAAAAAGAAGACGAAAAAGUAACGGAAAAAAUAUUGAAAGAAACGGGUAACGUUAUCACGAUUAAAACGAACAAGAGAAAAAUAGAUGACCUUGAAAAAGUACUACCGGAAUUACCGACUGAACAUAAGGUGGAAAAACUAAAGGAGGACACUUUCGAAGAGGAAACGACGGAAGUCAAAGACAAGAAAACGGGGAAAACAUUAUUGGUGAAAAGAAAAAUUAAAAAGCAAAAGAAACCGGAAGAAAAAACUGAAGAAAUUUUAUUCGACGAAACGAUAGUUCAUCCUCUCGAAGACUUGACUAAAAUCAAACCUCGCGACGACAGGAAAACAUUAUUUAAACCGACCGUUCAAGAAAUAACGUGGGAAGAAAUCACGGAAGAAAAAGUGCCGGAAAAAGUUGAAAAACACGUCGGUAAAAAACUCGUGGAAGAAAAACACGAAAUAUCAGAAGUGAAAGAAACGAAAACCGGAAAAGUUGUCGUCAUAGACAAAAGAAUCAAAACGGUGAAAACGGAUGAUGAUGAAAAAAAAGUAACGGACGAAGAAUUCGUGCGAGAGGAAACGACCGACGUGUACGACAAAUCGACAAACAAAAAUUUACUAAAAACGAAAAAAAUAAUGAAAAUCAAAACGCCGAAAGAGGAAAAACCGGAAACGAAAUUGGAAAAAGUAAAACCCUUGAAAGUAUUUAUAAUAAAAAAGAAAGCGAGAAAAACGAAAGGAUUGAAAACCGUUGAAAGCGAAGCCGUUUUACCGGAAAUAAAAGUUCCCGUCGACACCAACCUGGAAGAAUUCGCUAAAGAAUUGGUUGAUGUUAAACCCGAGGAAGCGCCCAGGGAAAAACCGCAAAUCGAAGAAAUACACGAGAAAAAAUUAAAGGAAACGGGAAAAAUAAUAAUAAUGAAAGUAAAAUUGAGGAAAAUCGAUGACGUCAAAGAAAAGAAAAAAUUAUUGGAAGAACAUCCCUACGUAAAGGAAAUCGUUAAUGAAAAACCCGACGAAGGAAAACCGGAAGACAAACCUCAGCCCGUUCUCAUAUUCGAAGAAACGACGGAAGUCGUCGAUAAAAAUUCCGGAAAGACAUUGAUGACCGUUAAAAAAUUAAAAGUCAGAAAACCUAAAAAACCGGAAGAGAAACCAGUUGACGAGUACGAAAUUAUCACGAAAGAGGUCACUCAAUUCGGCGAUGAAGAGAAAACGAUUCCGACUCGAGAUGCGGAAAAAAUGAAAAGUCCCGUCAAACCUCGAGAAGAAAUAAGUUUGGAUGAAAUUGCCGAAGAGAAGAAACCAGAAUUAAAAUCACCGGAUGAGGGAAAAAUUAUCGAAGAAACGGAAGAAACGACGGAAGUGAAAGAAAAAUUUACCGACGAAGCCGUUUUGGUACGUUUGAAAACCGUAAAAAAAUUAAGAAAAUUAAAAGAACCCAAACGAGAUGACAAGAAAGUAUUGAUUCGCUUUUCGAAAACGAAGAAAACAAUUCAAGUCGAGGUAAUCGUUGAGGAAACGAUCGAAAUAACGGAAGUGAAAACGGGUCGAAUCCUAUUUAAAAAAGACAAAACGAAAAAGGAAAAACGUGACGAAAUUGAAGAAAAAGAAAAAAUGAAAUAUUUCAUCGUAAGGAAAAAAUUGAAGAAAAAUAUCGCACCCAUAGGAAAGAUAGAAGAAAGGGAAGAAGUUUUACCGGAAAUUCCCGUUCCGGAAGAUGCAACACCUGAAAAUUACGCUUUGAGUUUAAUCGAACCGCAAGUCACGGAAGCGGAUGACAAAGAGACCAAACCUAAAAAAGAAGAAAUAACCGAAAUGAAAGACAAAGAAACCGGACGAAUCGUCACGAUGAGAAAAAUAAAAAGGAUAAAACCUUCAAAGGAUAAACCGGAAGAAAAAGACGAUGUUAAAAUCGAAGAAGAAGAAACGGAAGUGAUUGAUAAUAAAACUCGGAAAAUAUUAAUGACGACGAAAGUCAUCAAAAAGGUAAAACCGAAUAAGAUGAAAUUCGGGCCGGCGAAUGAAGAAAUCAUAGAAGAAGAAGUACUGGAAUUUCCGACUCCCUUCGAUUCCGAAAAGGAUAAACCUGACAAAUUGAAAGAAUCCAAAAUACCGGAAAUGAAUAUUAAAGAAUUACCAAAAAAAACGUUUAAACUCGUCAAACCGGAUAAAGUUAGCGACGAAGAAACCGUUUUGAAAAUAGACGAAACGAUUGAGGUGAAAGAGAAAAACACAUUGAACGCGGCAGUCAUAACGAUGAAAAAAUUAAGAACGAUAAGAAGACCCAAACAAAAACCGGAUGACGUUCAAGUCGUGGAAACUUUAACGACGGAAGUGACGAAUAAAGAAACCGGAAAAAUCAUCGCCGUGAGGAAAAAUUUCAAAAAGGUAAAAUUGACGGACGAAGAAGAAAAAAUAACGAAACGUAAGAAAAAAAUCAAAGUUGAAAAGAAAAUCAAUAAAUUUUUCGACGAUAAAAAACGAAUGGAAGAAUUCGAAGAAGUUUUACCGAUAAUCGAAGUACCGGAAGAAACUACGUUGGAACAAUUCGCUCGAGAAAUAACCAACAUCGAAGAAACGGAAACGAUUCCGUUUGAAGAAUUGAAAGAAAAACCUGUGGAAAAAAUUCUGAGAGAAACCGGAAACGUCGUUCUCGUCGUCGAAAAAGAAAGAAAAAUUGAUUUUGCCGAAAUUCAAACUAUUUUACCACGAAAAGUCAUUGACGACAGUAGAAAGAAAUCCUUUGUCGAAGAAAUAACGGAAGUGAAAAAUAAAGAAAAUGGUGAAAUCAUCGUUAAGAAAAGGAAAAUUAAAGAAAUACAAAAAGAUGAUGAUGAAAAGAAACCCAUCGUAAAAGAAUUACUUACGGAAAUACUUAAAAAAGAACCUGAGAAAACGAGUGACGACGAGAAGAAAAAAGUCGGGAAACCUAAAAAAGUUCCCAAACUUGAGGAAAUUAUCUUGGAAGAAAUAACCGAAGAAAAGAAACCGGAAAAGACCGAUGAUAAACCGUUGCGCGGCGCACCGACGGAAGAAAAACCAGUCGAGGAAAUAAACGAAAUUACGAAAAUCACAGAACCAUUGACGGCAAAAACAAUUUUGGUUAAGAAGAAAACGAGAAAAUACAAAGUCGUCGAAAAUAUCGAAAAACCGGAAAAACCAAAAAAAGCGGACGAAGAAAAAUUAGUUCAAGAAGAAAUAAUAGAUGUCGUGGAUGAGAAAACGGGUAAAGAAAUCUUAAGUAAAAAACAAGUGAAAAUAAUACCUUUGGAAACGACGGAAGAGGAACAACCGGAUAAACUCGAUCAGAUGACAAAAUUGAAAAAGAUCAUUGUUAAAAAACCCGUGAAAAAAAUCGAACGGAAAAAACCGGAAAAGUCCGAAAAGGUACCCGAGAAGGAUGAUAAACAAGUUAUUCAAGACCUUGUUAAAACCAUAAUUAAAGUCGACGAGGAAAAAGGAGUCGAAGAGGAAAAAGUCGAAGAAGAAGAAGAAGAGACGACGGAAAAAACCAUCGAAGACGCGGGCGGUGCCGUCGUCGUCAUAAAAAAGAAAACGAAAAGUUUAAAAGUUAAACCGAAAAUUUUAAAAGGAAUUCUUGAUGACGUCACCGAACCGAUCUAUGACGAAGUAAAAGAUUUAAAGGAAGAAAAACCGAUGGAAGAAAGGGCAAAAGAAGAUUUCACGAUCAAAGAAGAAAUAACGGAAGUCAAAGAGAAGGGGACGGGAGAAGUCGUGGUCGUGAGAAAGAAAAUUAAAAAAGUUAAAAAAUCGAAAAAACCGGAAAAAGAACCGGAAGAGGAAGUUUUAUUCGACGAAGUCGUUGAAUUUUUCGGCACGGAAACGAACCUUAAAAUUCCAAUCGAAGAAUCUUUGGACGAUUUGAAACCGUUAAAAGUUAAAGAAAUCGGAUGGCAGAAAAUCACAAAGGAUGAUGGGAAAUUAAUGAAACCGGAUGAAGAAACGAAAGAUUUAGUAAGAGUUGAGAUCGUAAAUGAUAAACCGGAAACGACGGAAUAUGUCGAUGAGGAAAGUGGAAAAGCAGUGGUCGUGACGAAAAAAGUUAAAAAAUUAAAAACCAUCAAAAAGAAGAUAGAACCUAAAACGGAAGAUAAACCGAGAGAUAGAGUUGAUGAUGAUGAUGACGUAAAAGAAAAAGAGGAAGUAGAGGAAGAAGAGGAAACUGUCGAAAUCAAGGAUAAAGACACUGAUAAAAUAGUAGCCACUAAAAAAAUUGUUAGAAAACGUAAAACGGACGACCUCGAAAAACCUCAGCAUCCCGAAACUUUGGUUAAAUUCAAACCGAAAGACGAAAAACCGGAGGAAACGCUUUUAGACGUCAUCAGUAGAUUGAAAUCCGUUAAACCGAGCGAAGAACAACCUGAAAGUACGGAAGAAAAAGACUCGGAUUUAACAAUUAAAUUAAAACCGACGUUAGAAAAACCGGAAGAAACCGAUAAAAGGAAACCUGAUUCGAAAUAUGAUGACGUGGAAAAACCAUUCAAAAAACCUAAAACUCCGAAGCCGAAAGAAAAAACGAUUCACAAAGCCAAAGUCGAAAUAGAGGAACUCAUGACGGAAGUAACAGAAGAUACUUUGCCGGAUGAAUUUAUCACUGUCGUGACUACGGUGGAAAAAAGAGGAAAUUUGAACGUCGCAAAGAAAACGAUAACGACAGAAGAAAAGGAUAAAGUUAAGAAGACGACAAAGAUAACAACUCACGUCGACGAAAAAGUUAACAUUCCAAAAAUGGUCGAAAUCGAACAGGAAACGGCCGAAGAAUUUACCGUCGAUAAAAUCACACCGUGGAAAAACAAAGUUCGCGUCACGAAAGUCACGUUAAAAGAUGGUAAACAAACGGAAGAAACGAGCAUCAAACCCGUUGAAUACCUCGAACAAAUGAUUCGCUCGUGCACGGUCGAAACGAUACCGGAAGAAGAAAAAGACGAAGUGAAAGAUUUCGACGAAGUAAAACCGGAAGAGGAAAUGAUUGAAGAAGUUAAAAUUUACCGAAAAGGUUCUCUCGUGAGAAAAGAUAAAGUUAAGUUAAAGAAAACUCCGCGAAACGAUGAAAAACAACAAAACGUCACGGUCAUACUACAACCGGAAACGAACGAAAUAAAACAUUUGGAAGUGAAAACGUUCGACAAACAACCCGUCGAACCGCCGCAACACGCCGCGAAAAUCGACGACGAUAAACCCAAAGAAAUAACGAUCACGAGAGAAACAAUUUUGGACCAACCGGAUAAAGUUAAAAAGCGUAAAAAAAUUAUUAAGAAAACCGGGGAUCGGUUAACGGAAACCGUUUCGACUCGCGUUUUGAACGAAUCUCGAGAAGUUUCGUAUCCGGUCGUGGAAGAAAUAACGGAGGAUUAUCCGAUUCUAAGCGAAUUGAAACAAUUUCACGCGCCAAAAUUUAACUUGUUGGAAAAUGCUUCGGUUAGCGAAAUAGUAACGGAAGAAGAAUUUAUAACGCAUUUCAAAGACGAAACAAAAGUCACGAGUAAAGCGGUUGUCGAUAAACCCGAUGGAAAAUUCACUCAAACGGUUACGUUGACGUUUAAACAAAGUCGUAAAAUGCCCGAUCUUAUCGAAUUCGAAACGGAAACUCCCGAUGAAUUCGUCACGGAAAAAGUCACAUUUCAAACGGCUAAAAAAAUAACGGAAACAAAAACACUACAAAAAGCAACACCGCAAAUCACACAAAUCAAAACAUCCGAAACAAAGAUAAAACCCGAUGACGAACGGAAUUGGGAAACACUUAAAAACACGCUUGAAAACAUCGUUGCGUCAGAUGAUGCACCCGUUAAAGACACGAAACACGACACAAAACCCAAAACAAAACACUCUGUUAAACCCUCCAUUAAAGCGGAGGAACAGAAAAAAAAGCCAGAACAAAAAGAUGACAAAAGGCAAACACCAACAACAACAACAACAACACAGGAGCUCAAACCGAAAUUGUUUUCGGCUAACAUACAAGAAUUAAAACCCGAUGAACAAUUCAUAAACUCACAAAUUGACUUUUCAGAAUUAACAACAACAAAAGCAAAAAAAUCAGUUACAGCCACUGAAUCCCUAACGCAAAGUAAUGUAUUUGAUUUGGCACAAAUAGUAACGGAACAAGUAGAAGAAGCGCAAAUCGAUUCGAGGAGAUCGAGUAUCGCUGAAGUUGUUGAAAUCGUACAUCAAUUUAAAACGACAACAACGGAUUCGGGAGAGGAAAUAACUCAAACGAAAACAGUUAGAAAGAAAAAAUCGGGAAAAGUUGUUUACACGGAAGAAAGUAAAGACGAGGGAGUCAUCGUGGAGGAAGUCAUUGAAGAUGACACGCCCACACCGACGACGACGGCGACGGUGAUUGAAGAUGAAAAACCUAAAAAGAAAACGAUCAAGAAAAGGAUAAUUAAAAAGGGUAAAGAAGUCGAAGAAAUAAUCGUGGAAGAAGAAUUGCAAAAACCUCAAGACACUUCCACUUCCGAAUUGGUCAUCAAAGAAUUGACGACGGUCGAAGAAGGAGUUUUGGAAAAUUACGAAGAAACGAAACCCACCGUCGAAGAAGCUCCCGAGGAUAAAGUCAAACCCGAAGAAGAUGAAGAAAAACCGGAAAAGAUUAAAGAGGCCGUCGUCGAAGAAAAGAAAAAAUUAAAACCCAGCAUUAAAAAACCCGUUGAAAAAACUUUGGACAUCAAAAAAGCUGAAUCCGUAGAGGAUGCGCCGGACAAGGAAAAAUUAGAAAAGAUCAAACAGAAGAAACCGGAUCAAGAUAAAGCGAAAUUAAUUCCGGACGUUGCCGAAGAAGUUGUCGCCACUGAAACCGUAGCGUUCCACGACAGCGAAGAAACCGUUUCGGUACACGUUGAAGAAGAAACAGUCCAAAAGAAGAAAGUCACUUUUGCGGAAGUGAAGGAAGUGAAAAUAUUACAAGGUGAUGAGGUAUCGCUUGCAACGGUUGAACUCGACGAAAAAAUAUCUAAAAAAUUGAAGGUCAAAAAGCCCAAAGAGGAGAAAACGAAAGAAAAACCGGAAGAAGAUAAACCGGAGACUGCCGAAGAAGUUCCUGAAACUCCUGAAGAAGUUGUUAGUACGGAAGAAUUAGAAGAUAAAGCGAAUUUCGGUAAACUUUUUACUAGCAUUUUGGGUAAAGUUAAAACUCCGGAAGAACCGAAAAAGAAGAAAGUUAUCAAGAAAGUUAAGAAAACAAAAUCGGAUGAAUUAAAGGAUUUGAUUGAUAGCGAAAAAGACGAAGUUGAAAAAUUACCGGAAGAAAAACCAACUGAAAAAGAAGAACCGACUCAAGACCAACCUAAGGAAAAACCAGAAGAAGUUCUAGAAAAACCAAAAGAUGAAGAUGACAAACAAGAUAAACCAAAAGUAGUAAAGAAAAAGCCAACUAAACAAGAAGAAGAAAAAGUACCCGAGAUUGCAGAUGUCAAACCGGAAGAAAAGCCAGAAGAAAAACCUGAACAGCCAAAGGACGAAGAGGAAAAGAAAGAAAAGCCCAAAUUAGUCAAGAAGAAACCAACUAAAAAAGAAGAAGAAGAAAAGGUUCCCGAGGUUGCAGAGUUGAAACCGGAAGAAAAACCAGAAGACAAACCAGAAGACAAACCUGAAGAAAAACCGAAGGACGAAGAGGAUAAAAAGGACAAACCUAAAUUAGUCAAGAAGAAACCAACUAAAAAAGAAGAAGAAAAGGCUCCUGAGGUUGCAGAGGAAAAACCAGAAGACAAACCGGAAGAAAAAAUUGAAAAAGUUCCAGAGAAACCAAAGGAUGAAGAUGACAAACAAGAUAAACCAAAAGUAGUAAAGAAAAAGCCAACUAAACAAGAAGAAGAAAAAGUACCCGAGGUUGCAGAUGUCAAACCGGAAGAAAAACCAGAAGAUAAACCUGAAGACAAACCUGAAGAAAAACCGAAGGACGAAGAGGAAAAGAAAGAAAAGCCCAAAUUAGUCAAGAAGAAACCAGCUGAAAAACAAGAAGAAAAAGUACCGGAGGUUGCAGGUGUCAAAUCGGAAGAAAAACCAGAGGAAAAACUUGAAAAAGUUACAGAGAAACCAAAGGAUGAAGAGGAUAAAAAGGACAAACUUAAAGUGGUUAAGAAGAAACCUACCAAGAAAGAAGAAGAAGAAAAAGUACCCGAGGUUGAAGAUGUCAAACCGGAAGAAAAACCAGAAGAAAAACCUGAAAAACCGAAAGACGAAGAGGACAAGAAAGACAAACCUAAAUUGGUUAAAAAGAAACCUAAAACACCAUCGGAAGAAAAACCUCAAGUUAUCGAUGAAGAUGAAAAAGAAAUUAAUCGGGACGUUAAGGCGGUCAUAGCAGAAGUUGUAGGCAGACACUUAAAACCUGAAAAAGAGGAAGAUGAUGAAACUCCCAAAGAAGACGAAGAAACUCCAACGGUUAAAGAGGAGGAAGAGGAAAAAAUCAAAGACAAAAAACCGAAGAAAAUAAUCAAAAAGAAAAAAUCUAAAGAACUUACCGAAGAGAUAAAAGCAACAACGGAAGACAAGCCAAAAGAAGAAGAUGAAGUUCCCGAAGAAAAACCCAAACUGGAAGACGUUCCUCAAACGGAGGAGACUGAAAAACCAAAAGAAGAUGAAAUCUCGGAGGAAAAACCGGAAGACAAACCGUCGGAAAAACCUAAAAAGAAAAUAAUCAAAAAGAAAAAACCGGAAGAUGUCAAACCGGCAGAAGUCGACGAAUCGAAACCGGAAGAAGAAGUUAAACCCGAAUCCGAAUCGCCGGUCGAACAGGUCAAACCCGAUGAAAAACCGGAAAUCGUAGAAGAAAAACCAAAGGAAGAUGAUAAGAAACCGGAAGAACCCGUUAAAAAAUUAAAAACUCUCAAAAAACCCGAUGAAAAAAUCACUCCCGAAACGGAAAAUUUCGAAUCCCUUAAAUCGAAAUUAAAACCCGUUAAAGACACACGCGAAACGGAAACGGAAGUUGUUCAAAAACCAAACGAAACUUUAGAUGAUGAAAAGAAAAAACUUAAAAAAGUCCCAGAAACAAAUGAAACGGAACCCAAAGAAGAUUCACCACUCAAAACAGAUACACACAAAAAGCCUAAACAAAAACCAAAUGAAACAACCAAUGAAAAUGAACUUGAAACAAUCAAACUCAAACCUACAACACAACCGAAACCGAAAAAGCCUAAAGAAGAUGAUGAAUCACAACAGCCCGACACUGAAAAAACAAAACACACACACACAAAAUUAUCACGAGACACAACACAAACACACAAACAACGCACAGAAACAAUUGAAAAUGAAUUAAAUGUUUUAAAAUCGUCGAAUGAUACUUUAUCGAAAACGGAAAUUAUUAGCGAAAUGGGAGAAAGUGUUUCCUUAUCUGUCGAUGUCUCGGAAAUAACACCAAAGGAAUCCACCGAUAAAAUCGAAGACAAGGAAAAAUUAUCAAAACCAGACGAGCUGAAAGAAAAACCGGAAAAAAUAUUGAAGAAACCGGAAGAAAAACCAAAGGAUGAAGAUGAUAAAAAAGACAAACCUAAAGUGGUUAAGAAGAAACCUGCCAAGAAAGAAGAAGAAGAAAAAGUACCCGAAGUUGCAGGUGACAAACCGGAGGAAAAACCAAAGUACGAACAGGAUAAAAAGGACAAAUCUGAAGUAGCAGAGAAAAAAUUUACCAAGGACGAAGAAAAAGUACCAGAGGUUGUAGAUGUCAAAUCGGAAGAAAAACCUGAAAAACCGAAAGACGAAGAGGAUAAAAAGGGCAAACCUAAAGAGAUUAAGAAGAAACCUACCAAGAAAGAAGAAGAAAAAGUACCCGAAGUUGCAGGCGACAAACCGGAUGAAAAACCAGAAGAAAAACCUGAAAAAUCGAAGGACGAACAGGAUAAAAAAGAAAAACCUACAUUAGUCGAGAAGAAACCAACUAAAAAAGAAGAAGAAGAAAAGGUUACUGAGAUUGAGGAGUUGAAAUCGGAAGAAAAACCAGAGGAAAAACUUGAAAAAACAUCAGAGAAACCGAAAGAUGAAGGUGAUAAAAAGGAUAAACCUAAAUUGGGUAAAAAGAAACCAACUCAAAAUGAAGAUGAAAAAAUACCAGAAAUUACCAGCCGGAACAAACCGGAAGAAAAACUUCAAGAAAUUCUAGAAAAACCAAAGGACGCCGAUGAUAAACAGGAUACGCCCGAAACACUAAAAGAAAAACCAACUAAACAAGCAGAUGAAAAAGGAAUUGAAGUUACCGAAACUCAACCGGGUGAAAAACCAGAAGAAAAAAUUGAAAAAGUUCUAGAGAAACCAAAAGAUGAAAAAGUGGAUAAAGAAAAACCUAAAUUAAUUAAAAAGAAACCAACGACUAAAAAAGACGAAAAAAUAACAGAUGACACGGAAAUCAAACUACAAGAAAAAAUUGAAGAGGUUUCAGAAAAACCAAAGGAUGAAGAUGAUAAACAAGAUAAACCUAAAUUAAUAAAGAAAAAACCAAUAAAACAAGAAGAAGAGAAGCUAACUGACGUUCCGGAAAGUAAACCAGAAGAACAACCUGAAAAACCGAAGGACAAAGAGGAAAAGAAAGAAAAACCCAAAUUAGUCAAGAAGAAACCAACCAAACAAGAAGAAGAAGAAAAAGUUCCCGAGGUUGCCGAGAUGAAACCGGAAGACAAACCACAGGAAAGACCGGAAGAAAAAUUUGAAAAAGUUCCUGAGAAACCAAAGGAAGAAGAAGAUAAAAAGGACAAACCUAAAGAGAUUGAAAAGAAACCUACCAAAAAAGAAGAAAAAGUACCCGAGGCUCCAGAUGUCAAACCGGAAGGGAAAUUUGAAGAAAUUCCAGAAAAAGUAAAAGAUGAUGAUAAAAAAGAUAAGGUGGAAUUGAUUAAGGAGACACCAACUCAGGAAGAAGAUGGAAAAAUAACGGAUGUACCUGACAGUAAACCAAAAGAAGAAAAACUUGAAGAAAUUUCAAAGAAACCGAAAGAUGAAAAGGAAAAUCAGAAAAAACCUAAAAUAAUUAAAAAGAAACCAACUAAGAAAGAAGACGAAAAAGUAGGCGACGAAACCGAAAUUAAACCAAAGGAAAAACCUGACGAAAUACCAGAGAAAGAAAAAGAUGAAAAAGAAAAACCAGAGAAAUUAAAUUUUGAGGAUGAUAAACAGGAUAAAGUUGAAUCGGCUGAAAAGAAACCGAGUGAGGAUGAAAAACCAAGUGAAAUUAAACCAGCGGAUAAACCUGAAAAAAUACCAAAUGAAAUACAGGAUAAGCCGAAACUUAUAAAAAAGAAAAUUACGAGUGGAAAAGAUGAAAAAGUAACAGAUGAUUCGGAAUUUAAACCACAGGAAAAAAUUGAAGAGGUUUCAGAAAAACCAAAAGUAGUAAAGAAAAAACCAACUAAACAAGAAGAAAAGACAACUGAGGAUUCGGAAAGUAAACCGGAAGAAAAACCUGAGGAAAUUUUAGAAAAGCCAAAAGAUGAAGAUGAUAAAAAGGAAAAACCUAAAUUAGUUAAGAAGAAACCAACUAAAAAAGAAGAAAAGAUCCCAGAGGUUUCAGAGUCGAAACCGGGCGAAAAACUAGAAGAAAAACUUGAAAAAGUUCCAGAGAAACCAAAGGAUGAAGAAGAUAAAAAAGAAAAACCUAAAGUGGUUGAGAAGAAACCUACCAAGAAAGAAGAAGAAGAAAAGAUUCCUGAGGUUGCGGAGUUGAAACCGGAAGAAAAACCAGAGGAAAAACCGAAGGACGAAAAGGAUAAAAACGAUAAACCUAAAUUCGUUAAGAGGAAACCAACUAAAAAAGAAGAAGAAAAAGUACCCGAGGUUGCAGAUGUCAAACCGGAAGAAAAACCUGAAAAACCACAGGAUGAAGUUGAUAUGAAUGACAAAGAGGAUAAACCUACAUUGGACGUAAAACCAAAAGAAAAACUUGAUGAACUACCGGAAAAAUCAAAAGAAAAAGAUGAUAAACCUGAAUUACUUAAAAAGAAACCAACUCAAGGGGAAGACGAAAAAAUACCUCAAGUUACCGAAAUGAAACCGGAGGAAAGUAAGAAAAUAAAACCUGAAAAACCAAAAGAAGAUGUCGUGAAAGACGCAGUACCUGUACCAACCGAUAAAGUUGAUGACGUAACGUUAAAAGAAAAAACUGAAAAAGGCAGUGAUAAACCGAAAGAUGUUAAAGGAAAGGAUGAUAAGGAUAUGAAACCGUCUGGUGAGCAAAAAGAAAUUUCAUCGGGAAUGCCUGAUAAAAAGCCGGAAAAGAAACUUGAGAAUAACCAAGAAAAACCGGAAGUAUCCGAAUUAACAAAGGACGAAAAAAUUAAACCUAAAAUUUAUACCGAUAAGGAAGAAAAACCGAAAGAAAAACGAGGUAAAUUAGAUUCGGAUAAAAGGGAUAAACCGUCGUUGGAAAAAUCAGGAGAAAUCGACGAUUUGAUUAAUACACCAUCACACGAUAACACAACACAUAUCACACCACAACAAACAACAUUUGAUGAAAACACACAAAAAACAUUGAUCACACAACAACCACAACAACAAACAACUAAAAAAGAUGAGGAAAAAAUAAAACCGGUUGAGGAUAAAGAAGUUCCUUCCGUUGAAGAAACCGACGAAGUCAAAAAAGUUAAAAAACCUAAAAAAUUACCGAAGAAAGAAGACAAAGAAGAUGAGAAAAAAGAAGUUCCGGAUUCGAUUCAGCCUUCCGACGAAGAAGAAUUACCGGCGGAAGAAGAAAAAGAAGAAAAACCAAAAGAACAACCCGGAGAAGAAAAAGUCGAUGAAAAAUCCGAUAAGCCGAAGGAAAAAACUAAAAAAGUCGUCAAGAAAGUCGUCAAGAAGAAAAAAGUCACAGAAGAAAAGAAAGAUGAUGACAUUUUCGAUUUUGAUUUCGACGAUGAUUACGAAAGGCCCGUCCUUGAAAAAUACGAGCCUUUGUUCGAGAGAAAACCGUCAGUUAAAAAGACGAAACCUGAAAAGAAAACUCCGGAAAUACCCGAAGCCAUGAAAGUCAAAUUGGAACCUUCCAAAAUCGAAAUGAAAAAAGUUGAAGUUAAAAAAUUAAAAGUCGAAGAAACUGAAGAGAAACCUCAAUUCGCAACCAUCAAACUUAAAAAGGCGACGCCUGUUUCGAAACCGGAAAUAAAAGAAGUCGAACUUCCCAAAGUCUUAUUAAAAAGUAGAAUUGUGAGAAUUGAAUAUCCGCCGCAACUUCACACGUGUAAAUACACGGACAUAAAUUGUCCGGAACCCGAUAACGGCGUAUUAUCGCGUAACAUCGAAGAAGCCGAAGAAGUGAUUGAAAAGAAAAAGAGAAAAGUCAAAAGAAUUAAGAAAACCAAAUCGGAUUUGGAAAAGGUCGACUUGGAAUUCGAUAAACCUGAACCGAAGGAAAAACCAGAAGAAGAACCGGAAAAAGUUCAUUGGGAAAAAUUAAAGAAAAAACCAGAAGAAGAAGAACCGCAAUCGGUCACGUUAAAAAUAGGCAAAGGUAAGGUACCGGAAGUUAAGGAAGAAGUUGAAGAGGUCAAACUUAGGAAAACACCCAAAAAGGCUCCCGAAGUUGAAGAGAAAGAAGAAGAAAAACCGAAAAAGCCGAAAGAAGAAGAAGAAAAACCGAAGGAAGUUAAAAAACCGAAAGAACCGUUGGAAAUAAAACCAGAUCUGGAAUUCAAACCGAUUCCAGACGAUUCUCUAGAUUUAGAAAAACCGGAUGAAAUUCCAAAGCCAAUCAAAGAAAAACCGGAGCCCGAAGAGAAACCCAAAAAGCCAAAGAAAAAAGAACCGAAACCAGCGCCAGAAGAAGAAGAAAGAGUUAUACCUCUCGGUAAAGGAAAAUUACCAGAAGAACCGGAAGAACCGGAAAUAACAUUAAGACCUCCUAAACCAAAGCCGAAAGAACCUGAGGAACCUGAAAAAGUCACGUUGAAACCCUUCAAAAAAGAAACGAAAGAUGAAGAAAAACCAGAAGAGAAGAAACCUAAAGAAGAAAAAGAAAAAGAUGUUAAAAAACCAAAAGAUGUCGAUGAUGACGUUGAUAAAACCGUUAAACUUAAAAAGAAACCGAAAAAACGUGAUACGGAAGAUGAAAAAGGAGAAGCGACGGUUCCGGAGGAAGAAAAGCCCGCCGAAGAAGAAGCACCUGAAGAUGUCACGAUAAAACCGUUGAAAAAACCAAAGAAAAAACCGACCGAGGAAGAACCCGAGGAAGUUACAUUAAAACCAAUUAAAAAACCAGAAGAAAAACCGGCUGAAGAAGUUACCGAAGAGGUCACGCUCAAACCUUUGAAAAAACCCAAGAAAGUACCUGAAGAAACCGAAGUCGCAGAGAGCAUUACGUUGAAAAAGAAAACGCCCAAACCGGAACCCGAAUCGCAACCCGUCGAAGAAUCCAUCACGCUUAAACCUGUAAAGAAGAAACCAGAGGAAAAAGUUGAAGAAGUUGAGGAUGUAAAAGAAGAACUCAGUUUCACACUUCCUAAAAAACCAAAACCCGUCGAAACUCCGGAAGACGUCACGGAAGAAGUCAAAAUUAAAAAGCCUAAAAAAAUUAAACCGACGGUUACAACGGAAGACGUUGCCGAAGAACUCACGAUCAAAAAACCUGAGGAAGAUAAACCGGAAGAAGAAGAAGAACAACCCGAAGAUGUAGUUCAAGAAUUUACACUUCAAAGAAGACCAUCUAAAAAAUACGUCGUAGAAGACAUAAACGAAGAAGUAACAAUUAAAAAACUCAAACCGGUCAAAAAGAAGAAAAUGCAAGAAAUCGAUGAAGUUUCCGAAGAGGUAACAUUCAAACCCAAAAAAGUCAUUCAUCAAGAAGACGUCGAACAAGAAUUUAAAAUCUCUUUGGACGCUUACGAAGAAGAAGAAAUUUCAAUGUCGAGCAGCAUAAAACUUAAAAAACCCAAGAAAUUAGUUUUCGGAGAAGAAGCCGCUGAAAACACGGUUAAAAUUGUCGAAGAGGUUUCAGAUGAAGAAGGACCCGUCGUCGAAGAAAUCAUAGACGAAGAAGACGACACGAGCGCUCAAGUUUCAUUUUCCGAAGAAAUAAUAUCUGAAAAAUUCGAUUUACCUCUGCGAAAGAAAACGGAAAUACGAAAAUACAGCAUCAGAGACGAAGAUGAAAAACAAGUCGUCAUAGAUUUGGGCAAAAAGAAAAAACCCAAGAAGAAACCCGUCGCGGAAGGAUCGGACAACGUCGAGGAAACGUACAAGUUAACACUCAAAGACAACCGGAAAUUCAGCGUGUCGAGCAUUGACGAAGAAGUUAAAAUCGAUUUGCGUAAAAUUAAACGCGAAGACGACAGCGAAUCGAAAGAAGAAUCGUUGAAAUUGGUAUUGAAAAAACCUCGAAGACCUUCCGUUCUUCACGAAGAAGCUGCAGCUCUCAGCAUUCGACGAGAAGAUGAAAUAAUCAGAGAAGUCUUUGAAGUGCAAGAUGGCGACGUCGUAUUUUCCAUUUGCGUUUACGCGGCCGAAAAUGAAGACGCCAUGAAUUUGGUCGAAGGUGAAAGAGUGACCGUUCUUGACCAUUCGAACGAGGAAUGGUGGUUGGUUAAAAAACAUUUGACGGAAGAAAAAGGAUGGGUACCGGCAUCAUUGCUCAGAGACGAAGUUACCUACGAUAUUUAUUUGCAAAAGAAAAUCAACGAAAAAAUUGACAAAUUACCCAUAUUCGAAAAACCUAAAGAUAAUGAAAAAGCCAAAGCACCGAAAUUUAUUAAAAAGUUACAACCGCAAAGUGUUCCCGAUGGUACAACGGUACAAUUCGAAUGUCAGGUUGUUGGUAGUCCGAGACCUCAAAUAACUUGGUUCAAACAAACGGCCAUAAUAAAACCAUCACCCGAUUUUCAGGUUUAUUACGACGAUGAUAACGUGGCGACGCUUAUCAUAAGAGAAGUAUUCCCAGAAGACACGGGUACUUUCACGUGCGUGGCUAAGAAUGCCGCCGGAUUUGCAUCUUGCACCACCGAACUUAUGGUCGAAGGACCGCUGACUGAUCACGGUUCCGACGAUAUGUCGAGAAUUUCUAGGAAAAGCAUGUCUAAAGAAUCAUCUCUUGCCGAUCUUUUAGAAGGCAUACCACCAACGUUUGCCAAAAAGCCUAAAACGAAAUGCGUCGACGAAGGUUCUGACGUGACGUUGAAAUGCGAAUUAAUAGCCGUGCCCGAACCCGACGUCACGUGGUAUCACGACAGACGGGAAGUUUUAACAAAAGACAACGUCAAAGUUAUCCACGAUUCGACGAAGCAAACAUACUCCAGCACGAUCAAAAUAACGAAAGUCAAAAAGAAUCAGGAGGGAUUGUAUUCCAUCGUUGCGAGAAACAGAGAAGGAGAAACGAGAGAAGAAUUCAUUUUGAAAGUUAUAAAGAAAGACGAUAAAGAACCGCCAUCGAUAUUGGAACCGUUAAAAAGCGACGUCGUCAAAGAGGGCGACACGAUAAAAUUAACGACGCAAAUUAUUGGCAAACCCAAACCUAAGAUAACUUGGUCGAAAGAUGGUAAACCGGUUAAAAAGGAGCCUUCUAAAGAAGACGACGAUUGUUACACUCUUGUCCUAUCCAAAUCUGAAACUAAAGAUACUGGAAAAUACAUGGUAACGGCGGAAAACGAACUUGGUAAAGCUACAACAAUGGCGUUGAUCACAGUUGAAGAUGCCGAUGAACCGGAACCGCCAAUGUUUUUGGAACGAUUCGACGAAAAGAAAGUUCCGGAAAAAGGGGUUUUGCGUCUCGAAGCAAAAGUUUCGGGGAAACCGACUCCGAAAGUCACGUGGCUGAGAAACAAUGAACCGUUGGAAAAAUCGGAAAAUGUCAAAGAAACUUUUGAUGGUAAAAAUAUCGUUUUGGAAAUCACUGGAGCUGACUCGGAAGUCGAUUCUGGAGAUUACAAAUGCAUCGCAACGAAUCCACUCGGUAAAGCUUCACACGGUGCCAAAGUUACGGUUGACGUUGCCAAAGUAUCGUUUACUAAAACGUUGGAUAAAUCAUACGAAGAAGACGAACAUAAUUCUCUCACGCUUGAAUGUGAAACUUCUCACACGGUUUCGACGAAAUGGUAUCACAACAACAAAGAACUCAGCGGUAUGGACUACCGGGAAGUUAUUCAAGUUGGAAAAGUUCACAAGUUGCACAUAAAAAGAACAAAAGUCGUAGACGAAGGAAAAUACGAAUGCAAAGUGAAAGAUCAAAAAACGGAAACGACCGUUAAAAUUCAUCCUCGCAAACCGGAAUUCGUACGUAAAUUACAAGAUUUGGAAAUAACGGAACGUGAAACGGCAAUUUUGGAAGUUGAAGUCACGUCCGACACGGCUGACGUUUCGUGGCAGAAAGACGGUGAAAAAAUAGAAGAAUUACCCGACAAAUUCGUCAUAGAAAAGAAAGGAAACCUGAGAAAAUUACUAAUACGAAACACGUCCGUUCACGAUGAGGGAGAGUACACUUGUUCGCUGGACGAACAAGAAUGUUCAUCCGAAGUCACCGUCGUCGAACUCCCACCGGAAAUCAUAACGAAAAUGAAUGAUCAAACGAUAGCGAAGGGAGAAAAAGCAACUUUUGAAAUCGAAUUGACCAAAGGUGACGCACUCGUGAGAUGGUUCAAAGACGACAAAGAAUUGCAAUUUUCCGAACACGUUCAAUUGUUCAUCGACGGCAAAAGGCAAAAAUUGAAAAUAUACAAUUCGGAAUCGUCCGAUGCCGGAAUAUAUUCUUGUCAAGUCGGAAAGCAAAAAUCUUCUGCUAGGUUAACCGUCGAAGAACCCGCCGUUCAAUUCAUUAAACGCCUUCCGAGCGUUACUCUCAUACCCGUGAACACGGAUGCCGUUUUCGAAGUGGAGUUGAAUCCGGACGAUGUUCCCGUCAAAUGGUACAAAAAAGGAAAAGAAAUCAAACCGUCGGAUAAAUACGUCAUAUCGUCGUCGGGAAAAACUCGUAAACUCAUCGUGAAAGACGCUACCGAAGACGACGAAACCGAUUAUUCUGUCGUCGCUGCCAACGUUCAAAGUAUGUCGCAAUUGAAAACGGAAAUGGUCGGAACGCCGCCGAAAAUAACGCCGGAACAAAAAGAAUACAAGGUGAAAGAAAAUGACGACGUCACAUUGGAAGUUAAAUUCACUGGAAAACCACAACCGACGGACGAGUGGACCGUCAACGGAAAAGUCAUAAAGAAAUCUAAGAAAAUGUCUAAAACCGUGACGGAAAAUUCUGCGAGUCUCACAAUAUUCAAAACACAAGAAGAGGACGAGGGUAAUUAUACCGUCAAGUUAACGAAUCCGAUCGGAGAAGAUUCAACGGAAAUUAAAGUUAUAUUUAUGAAGAAGCCAAGUACUCCGGGACAACCUAAACUCAUUGAAUCUGGAGAAGAUUACAUAACCAUUCACUGGAAAGAACCGUCGACCGACGGAAACUCUCCCAUAACCAAUUACAUCGUUCAAAUGAAAGAGAAAAACGACGCGACGUGGCAAGAUGUUAAUCAGACGUACAAAAUCACGGAUGUCACGCAUAAAGUGACGACGAUGAAAAAAGAUAAAGACUACACGUUCCGAAUUGUAGCCGUCAACGACAUUGGAAAAAGUGAACCGUCCGAUUCGUCCGAUUACUUAAAAUUGAAAAAGACGGAAAUUCAAGAACCUCCGACGAUCGUCGACAGUUUAAAAAGCGUCAUCGUGUCUCGCAAAGAACAAAUCAUUCUCUCGUGCGUCGUGAGAGGAACACCCAAACCGGAAGUCACUUGGUACAAAGACGAGAAAAUGUUCAAGAGUAAAUCGAUAACUUUCGAGAAUUGCGUCGCCAGAUACGAAAUACCCGAAGCCAAAGAAACGUCGAGCGGCGUGUACAAGGUUCGUGCUAAAAAUGACGCCGGCGAAGCGGAAACGACGUGCACGGUAAAAGUACAAGAACGACCGGAAAUCGAAAUUGACGAUUCUCUGGUAUCGCAAAAAUUACGAGUCAACAAUCAAUGGAAAGUCGUCACCAAUUACAAAGGCUAUCCUCAACCCGACAUCGAAUGGAAUAAAAACGAUGUGGAAAUUCAAAGUGACAAACACUGCAGCAUUUACACGGACGAAAAAACGACGACGAUUGCCAUAUAUUCCCUUCAAAGAGAAGAUUCUGGAACGUAUCAAGUCACGGCUAAAAACGAAGCCGGAAAAUGUUCCGCUCAAAUCAACCUUAAAGUCAUCGAUAAACCUCAAAAACCGGAAGGACCCCUGGUUAUUAAAGACGUACAAAAAGAUUCUGUCGUCAUCGCGUGGAAACCUCCUUUGGACGACGGCGGUUUGGACAUAUCCAGGUACUCGAUCGAAAAAUGCGAUUCGAAAAAGAAAAUAUGGAUGAAAGUGGCGGAAGUUGAAAGUGACGUCAUGACUUAUUGCGUACAAAAAUUACAAGAAAAUGCCGAAUACAUGUUUAGAGUUUUUGCGGAAAAUCCAGUUGGAAUGUCGGAGCCGUUGGAAAGUGAAAUGGUAUCGCUAAAGAGUCCUAGCACGAUAGAACGACCGUCACCGCCGAGAGGUCCUCUGGAGGUAUCGGGAAUGUUGAAAACAUCAUUUAAAAUACACUGGCAACCGUCCGAAAGCGAUGGUGGUUCGCCUAUACAAUGUUACGUUGUCGAAAGAAAAGAAGUUGGCAAAACGAAAUGGCAAAAGACUGGAACGACCGAACGCGACGUAACACAUUUGGAAAUAAAAGAUUUGACGAUAAAUACUUCAUGGAAUUUCCGUAUAACAGCGGUGAACGCGGCUGGAGUAAGCGAUCCUUUCACACCGAGUGAUUCAAUCACAACCGGAAAGAGUAAAAGUGCUCCAUCACCUCCGAGAAAUUUUUCACCGAUCGAUGUUACGAGUCGAUGCGUGACACUUCAAUGGUCGCCACCGGAAAGCAACGGCGGUUCCGACGUCACCGGAUACAUACUCGAAAGAAAAGAAAAUUCCGACGAGACUUGGACGAAAGUCGUCACCCUAGACUCAACCGUUUUACAAUACAGAGUGGAAAAUCUACGGGAAAAGAGCGAAUUUUAUUUUAGAGUUUUCGCGGAAAAUGUCGUCGGCAUGAGUCCGCCGGCAACGACGGAUCUCGUCUGCUUGAAAACUCAUGCCACCGUUCCAUCGCCGCCGACUGCACCCUUAGAAAUACGAAGCAUCGGUCCCAACAGCAUAAUAAUCGAAUGGGGCAUACCCGUCUCGGAUGGAGGAUCACCGCUUAAAGGCUACACAAUCGCCAUCAAAGACAAACUCAAAACGAUGUGGAUGCAAGUGGGAAAAGUCAACGCGGAUGUACAAAAAUUAACAAUAAAAGACUUACAGGAAAAUCACGAAUACUCAAUUCGAAUUUUCGCUCGAAAUGAAAUCGGCCUGAGCGAACCUCUUGAAUCCGAAGAACCAUUCCAGGUGCUUAGACCCUCAGUUUACGAAGAAGAAGAUAUUAAAGCAGAACUCACCGAAAAAGAUACUCCGUCGAUAAGUUUCAGCACGGAAACGACGACAUCUUGGAUGAAAGAAGCCGGAAUGGAUGCAAGCAUAAAAUCCUACGCCAAAGUCAAGAACGAAAAAGGAAAAUUCCGGCACAAAAGAAAAGCUAACAGGAAAAUGGAAAAGGAAGAAGAAAAGAAAACGUUGGAAAAUCAGUUCCCUGAUGAUUUUCCUUUUUCCAACCCUUCUUUCCUUUUCCUUCUUUUCCUAAUACAAAAAUUCACUUUCGACGUAAAAUGGAAGAAAAACCGUGCUGCUUGCUUACGUCAUAAAAAUAAAACAUAA